UGUGAGGGCUGUGGGAAAGGAGCGUGCCAUCCGGAGGCAGAAGAGGAGUCUCUUGUCUGUCUGUGUCCAUGUCUCCGCUUUGUUCUGACAAAGACCCCCAGCGUCCCUCCUGCUGCUGUUCUCCCACCUCUGGAUUUAAGUCGGCCGGAAUACCACCGGGACCAUCCGCUCAUCAUUCCGUGGUGCCACGUUCGGAUGGGAGGCAAAGUUGGACCUCUGUGGACUGUACGAUGGGUGACAAACACUUUGGCUUUUCUUGCGCUUUUCAGAGUUUCCUAGCAUCCAGGAUGACUUCACUUUUCUUCAGUCGAAGAGUUUUUAUAUGUGACACAAAUUGAGCGCCUUCUCUUUUGCUUUUGUCUGUUUAAAAGUAGGUUAGCUAUUUGGGAAUAUAACAUUUUGAACUUGGCUUGUGAGGCACCUCUUGAUGUGAAAGAUGAGUGGGGAAGAAGGUUAGAAACAUGUCUCCGUCUCCCUCCCCACCCACCUUUCAGAAGUCAGUUCUAACCUUGUUCUAAAAAUGUGACUGUAGCACAUUUUUGUGCUCUUCGAUACGUUUAUGUUUUUAUUAUUUUUGUCCUUGACUGGACUCUUUACGGUGGACUACAUCUGAUUUUACAGAUCUUCCCUCUCCAAGGGAACUGUCAAGUUAAACUCUGUGCUGUUAACCCACUUAGUUGCCCAAUCUCCCCUUUGGGGGUUUCCUUCAAACAUCUGUCCUACUCUAGUUUUCUUGAGGAAAGCAAAAAGACAAAUCAGCAAAGGGAGCACAGGGAAAGAAGACACCCCCCUCCCAAAGGUGUGAGGGGGGCAGAAGAUGGCAGCUCUCGCCAGCUCUCUCAUCAGACAGAAACGGGCAGUAAAGGACGACCAAGCCAACCGACCGGUCGCCAACAAGCGCAAGCCCUGUCCCAAGAGCAACAAGUCCUUGUGCCAGAAGCAGAUUCUGGUGUUGAUAUCCAAGGUUCGACUAUGCGGGGGUCGGAAAGGUCGUAACGAGAAAAGACCAGAGCCGCAACUAAAAGGCAUCGUUACUCGCCUGUACAGCCAACAUGGUUUCUACCUGCAGAUGCAGCCUGACGGCACCUUGGGCAGCACGAAGGACGAAGGCAGCGCAUUUUCACAGUUCAACUUAAUCCCGGUGGGACUGCGGAUUGUGGCAAUUCAGGGGACAAAAACAGGGUUGUACCUCGCCAUGAACAGCGAAGGAUACCUCUAUACCUCGGAACACUUCACUCCCGAGUGUAAGUUCAAGGAGAGCGUGUUUGAGAACUACUACGUUACGUACUCGUCCAUACUCUACCGCCAGACCCAGUCCGGACGCUCCUGGUACAUCGGCAUUAACAGGGACGGCCACAUCAUGAAGGGCAACCGGGUGAAGAAGACCAAGGGGGCCGCACAUUUCUUACCGAAAGUCAUAGAAGUCGCAAUGUAUAAGGAGCCGUCGCUGCACGAGCUCGCCAGCGAACCGGUGAGUCCUCCUCGGAAGACAGCAAAGACGUCAGACUCGCCGACGCUCAAGAAUGGACGGAAAGAGUCUCCCCAGGCAGACGCCUCAUAGCACAGGAGAUCGAGGGUGGGACAAAAGGGCAGAAGUUACACUGGGAACUCAGUUGCCCAUAAUGCACUGAGCGUGGCUGAAGAAACAGCACCUGCCGGCCACCGUGACCCAGAAUUGCGCUUCCAGAUGCUGAGAGUUAAAGAGCCAGCAGAGGGCCUGAGAGAGAGGAUUCCCCGCCCUCACCUGAAGCCACAGAAAGAAAGCCCCGGGUUUGUAACAACCCACCCAACUUCCUCAUAUAUGUGUCUCUCUCUCUCUCUCUUUUUCACUAUGUCUCCUGUGACGUCAUAAUUCACAUGUCUCUUUAUUUUCCUGCCAGACUCAAGCUUCUUUUUCUAUUCGCUCUGUUGUGCUCAAUGUUCAACCCUAACGAAUCUCCCUCCUGACUCAGCGUCAUAAUCCUAACCCAUGGGGAGCUCCUUUUGAGCCUCAAAGUUGGUGACAGCGUGGUUCUGCCUCACCCGAGCUCUCCACCCACCAUCUGCCCACCAGCUAAAGUAAUAACCAGAGUCCUCUAAAGCUUAAAUCGAGAUGAAACGGAUCAGAGGGGAAAGCAAUCAGCAGGAAGCCUGAGUCAGGUCAUACCAGCACGCCACCGUGAGCAAAGCAAGUUUAUCGCAUCGAAAACUAAAACCUGUUGUCAAAUGUUUGUUUUUUUUCUUCUUGUUUCUGUUUAUCUUCUAAAAGUUCAAACUGAUGAUGACUUCAGCCUGUCAAACGUAAGAAAGAUGAUAAAAUUGUUGUGUACUCGAGUUAAAACAACAAAAAAGUUGCUAUAAGACAGAACAAAAAUAAAUAAAUACAAUACAAACAAAAUAAAGCAAAAACUAAAAACAUGAUGAAAAUCUAAACAAUUCGAUUAAUAUCUCUCAAGGAACUUAUAUAUAUAUAAAAAAACAACUUAAAUUCAGAGAAAUAAUAAAAGAGGAAAACGCCGUCCUUCCUGUGAUCGCUACCACACCACCGCUAAUUACCGUGCGCGCUCAUCAAAGACAACAAACGAGCAACCGUCCGGGACGCAAAGUUAAACCCGGGGCGGAUCUGAGUUCAGACGCAUGGAAAAAGGUGCAGUAAUGUAUACUUCAGUCAGCAUCUGCUGUCAGCAUAAAACCAGGUUUGAAGCCCAACAUCAAAGCCACGCAGCCUAUGAGCCGGAGCACUUGUUAUUCCGAGGACGUCUGGCAGCUUAUCCACUCACUCGCUUUAUCAAAUCACCUUGGAAGAGUUGCCCUGAAAAAAAAAAAGGGAAAGGGGGAAAAGAAAAAAAAAUGGAGUUGUCUGAGUGAGUGGAUUGUGUGUAGAUGGACAGUAAGAGUGAAUGAGAGCCUGAGCAGGGGGAUAGAUGGAGGAACUGUGGGGAGGCAUCCUCUGUGUCCUUCACACUAAGCUCGGCGUCGCGUCUUCGAUACGUCGGCUUCUGUGAGCCUUGGCUGUGGUUAGAGAGCAGGACAGACUUCUAAGAUGCUUCACGAGUGUAACCAGGGAUUUAAGCCACAUGUUGGACUGCUCUCGCCAAGAGCCCAAAGACACGCCAACGAUCCUCGUGCACCGGCUUUCUUGAACACCCUUCAGUGAAAGAGAAGCAAAAACCGAAGACCAGCAAUAUGCAACAAGAACUACCAGCCUGCACUCAAGGAGAUCAAGCAAACCCAUAAGGCUAUCUAACAAUUUUCCAGACUCUGUGUUUUUUUAAGCAUGCAUACUUUGGCUCUUUAAGGACGACUCCCUCUCAGUAUCUACAGAGACAAGCCCUCGAUUCACCCUCUCUCCACUUUGACCUGUGUACAUUUCUACAACCUCUACAUGAAUUAAAGGGAAAUGUCUUAUUCUGAUAUAUUAAUCAAUAAAUUAACAUAUAUUUGUA